GAUGAGGACUGUGUGCUCCGGCAGCGAACAUGGGUGGCCCGUGGGGCUCAUCACGCACCACGCACGCACGCAGGCACGCGCAUGUCGUUUCGUGGGAACGUGGCAUUCGGCCGGUGCUGUCUGUUCGACGCCCGUGUGACGUGCCAAGAACGUCCCUAUCUACGGACGUGGAGUGCCCGAGCACUGGUCCCCAAGCGUCUACUGUUGCUGGCCCCGCUCGCUACUCUGAUCAGGAGAGAUAGGCAUCGCGGCCCACUAUCUGUGCCUAGAGCCAUGCCUCCUCAUCAGCAGACGGGGCAAGGGAUCGCGAGCUUGACGUGGAGAAAAAGAGGGGACAAUGUGAAAACGAGCGUUCGAAUGCAACCGCCCGGCUAUGUGAUGAAAGUAUGCGGGGGCCGCCGCCUGUCGAUCGAGGGCGGAAUCUGGACGGCGACGGCGGAAAGGCAGGCAGCUGUAAGGCCUCCUCUCCCGACGUCCAUUCAAGCACCGUCGACAUGAGCAAGCCGGCGCGCGUGCAUGGACAGACUAGCACACGAGUAGCAAGGCUGGCACACGGCGAGUUGGUUUAGGCCCGCUGUGGUUAGCACCAUCUCGUGACCGAUAUCAAGGCUUGCACACCACUCGAAAGCCAUGACCAAUUCGAAUCACCUGACGCGGACCU